UAUGAGUGUAACAGAGAGAAAGAGAGAGCGAGAGAGAUCCAAGGACAGACGGCACUGAGGGGAGGGGAAAUAACACACUCUCAGUCACACCUACCCCUCAGCCUCACUCAGCCUCUGUAAGAGAGACAGAACAGAUCUUGACAUUGUGAGGAAGAUGCAUGUCUACAUCAGAGGAACAUCCAGGACAGGACAAUAGCACCUAAAUCUGCUGAGACAAAUACAUGCCAAGGACUACACUCAGCAAACAGCAAGCCCAGAGGGAAGGACAUUUCAGAAAGGGCAACACAGGGUGGAAGAGGCAAAAUUUGCAGGUUUAUUUUGUUGCUUAAAAAGGACCUAAAGAGCAAUCCCUAAUAAGCUGCCUCAGAUAUCCAGUGUGUCUCUGUCCGCAGAAAGCUCCCAGUGCUGCUGCUGCUGCUGCUGCUGCUGUGAGGUUAUAGUCUCCGAAAAAGACUGCUUUACAGUCCAGAGACCAUGAGUGAUGCGAAGAAAGGUGAGCUAGCCAUCCGGGAUAAAGCCAUCCUGCACCAGCAGAGGCGUCUCAAGCAGGCCACGCAGUUCACGCACAAGGACUCGGCUGACCUCCUGCCCCUGGACGGGCUGAAGAGACUGGGCACAUCCAAAGACUUGCAACCUCACAGCAUCGUCCAGCGCCGUCUGCUGGAAGGAAACAUCACGCGGCUGCGAGGGGAGGCCCGGGACCCCAACGCCAGGGUUCGCUCCCCGCUGGCUGACACCAAGGACGGACCUGCUGACACCGAGGAGAGGAGCGAGAGCACUGCAGACGACUCCACAGAGGAGAGGGAGUCUCUGGAGGAGAGCGAGAGGAGCUUACGAUCGGACGAAGAGGACGACAGCAGCGAAGCCGGAGCCAGACAGACAGCUGAGAAGAGCGAGGGCACGGACAGCUCGACCCUCCUCACAGCUCUGGUUGUUCAAUGCAAGUGCUGCGAGACUGAAGUCAAGGCAUCCAUCAACACCAGCAGCCAACAUAACCACAUCUCCAGCUCCUGCUGCCAGAGGCUGGGACUGGUACCCGGUCAGGACAGUUCACCCUGCGGUGGGAGCAGCUCGGUGACGGGUCUGCAGCUGCAGCUGGGCCGACAGACGGUCCAGUGUUCAGCCUAUGUCAAAGAGGAUGAGGCGUUUGAGCUGUGCCUGGGUCUUCAGACUCUGUUGGAACUUAACUGCUGCCUGGACCUGAGCAGUCGGGUCCUGAAGCUGGAGGGCUGCGGCGAGGAGCUGCCCUUCCUGAACCCUUCGACCGACAGCCACUGCCAACACGACACCAACGAGAACCUGUGAGCCCAACUCGACGGCGGCAACCACUCCCUCGAGUCUCGACCGGUUGCAGCAAUGUGGCGCAGUGCCGUUUGUGUCUGGACGAGUCCGAUCACAGUGUCUCUCACACACUGCCAGAACAUGGAUGAGCAUCGGCCACCGUCGUUCUUGAGUUUACAUCAUUGUGUUUGUAGAAUUAAGACACUCACCAUGAUUAUCUUAUAUUAAAAUUAGUCUAGUUUACAGAGCGGGUGAAUCCGAUCCGAUCUCUGAGAGUCUAAUCAUUCUUUAUGAUUAUAUUGUAUAUUAAAACCAACUUCUCUGCUUGGGUACGCUGAUGAUCUUUAAAAGGGAAAACCAUUAUAAUCAAUAAAGUGAACUUUAGUGGAA